AUGUAUGAUCCAAAAGAUGUUGUUUUCGACGAAUCUUUUUAUCAUCCACUUGAUGGCAAACCAGGACACUACAAAACAAUAUCUCAGAUGUGGGGCUUAUGGAACGCCAGCCAAGAAAACGGGUCCAGGAUUGUUACUUCUUAUUGGGGUUAUAUCACUUUAAUUGAUGAAGCAAUCGGCGAGUUAUUUGAUUACCUAAAGGAAAAGAAUCUCUAUGACAAUGUCACUAUUGUUUUUACAGCAGAUCAUGGAGAUGCAAUGGGAGCUCAUCGAAUGAUCGAAAAAGGCGAGUUUAUGUUUGAAAAUACAUAUAACAUUCCAAUGAUUAUCAAGGAUCCAGAGUCGAAUCGUAAAGGAGUAGAAGAUGACAGCUUAGUUUACCUUCACGAUUUAACUUCGACAGUUUAUGACUUCGCUGGUCAGCCAAUUCCAGAACACUUCGAAGGAACAUCGCUACUUCCUAUUGUUAGGUAUGGAAUUCCUGGAAAUAGAACUGGAGUUCUCGGUCAAAUGACAGGACACUUCGUUUACUUCGAACAGAGAAUGUGGAGGAAGAAAGACUUCAAACUGGUAUUCAAUGCAAGUGAUAUUGGAGAGCUUUAUGAUAUCAAAAAUGAUCCACACGAAAUGGUGAAUUUAUUCGAUAAUCCCAAUUAUAAAGAUAUUAAGAAUCAGAUGCUUAAGGGUGCACACGAGAGGAUCAUGUAA